AUGAGGCCCAUCACCUGGCCACGGUUAGCCAGGAAACGUGACGGCGAGGUCGACCGACGAUUAUCGCUGCCGGAUAAAUCGCUUCUUCUCGAACAGAUGGAGGCUUUUCAAAAGUCGAUUUGCGCCCAGAUAUUGCCUAUGGUUAACCAAGCAUGUUUUGAGUACACUAUCCGAGCGGCCUACGAAAAAGAGUUGUCAGCCAUCUCGCCCGGGCUUUCCAGCGCCAGGGUAUGUAUAUUUGCCUUUAUGGCCCUGAGUUCAUUCUUCGCUGGUCAACCGCAUUUUGACAAUAUCGUGACUGCCGAUGAAUAUGCCCGCGAGGCCCAAGACCUAUUACCAGACAUGCUCAACGAGUCAGUAACAUUGGACGGGUUGCAGGCACUGACCAUGCUGGCCACAUCUGGAGAUAUGCUCAGUAUAGAGCUUAUGUUGUCCACGGCCACACGCUUCGUCUUUCACCUCCAAGGCAACGUCUACCCCGAGGAUAUAGAGAGUGAUCCUCUGCGUGCAAAAAUGCACGUUAGGAAUCUUUUCUGGAUUUGUUUCAUCCUCGACAAGAUCUUCAGCUUGCGCACAGGCCUUCAACCCUUUGUUGACGUUAUGAAUUGCGAUCUAACGCUUCCUCGAAUGCUGUCGGUGAAUGGCCAGCUGGAAAGCUUGCAGCCUUUCUACCCUCAACACAACCACACUAUGUUUCUCACCCUUAUUCGCCUGGGACUCGUUCAGUCGAAGAUCUAUCAUGGCCUAUACUCUUUCUCCGCCCAACGCCAAGGCGAUGCGGAUCUGCUAGCUACGAUCCGCAGCCUGGACAUCGCGCUGGACGAAUGGCGAUCUUCGGUGCCUACAUUCUCGGACCUAUCUAUACACAACAACAAUCGCAUGGCCGACUUCCUUUUUGAAAUGCAGUAUCACUACUGCAUGGCUGCCAUCCAUCAGACAAGCAGCCGGUGUACUGCCUGGGUUCGGAACCAGGAUACCCGCGCGGCGGGCUCGAGUCUUGCCCUCAGCGUAGCAGCCAGUCGGUCUGUGUUACGAAAGUUCCUGGAAACGGACCCACAGCGCGAGGGGCAGUUUCUCUUGUUUUGCUUACCAGAGCUCUCCACAUCUGCCAUCCACCUUUUCUCGAAUAUCCUGAUGAGUCCUCUGGAGGAUCGAAGUGAUACUGACUUAUCGUUGAUGAGAGUAGUCCUUGAACAUUUUAGGAAGCACAUAUGGAGGCAGACCCCAACCACAUUUAUCGCCCAGGUCAGUCUUGUGGAAGAGUUUAUGGGCGACCUACAUCAUCUGGCUGAAAUGGCAAUCCUCAAGGCCCGACGGGAAAGUGAACAUUAA